AAUCCAAAAACGAUCACUGUUCAUUGCAAUUUGUUUAGUGGCACUUUCCCCAUUCGUUGGUCAAAAUGCCACUGCCACUGAGAUUGCCACGCUGUUUCGUUCCCCUUUCAUCGAUUUGAUCCUUUCCUACUGCUACCAAUAAAAUUCACACUUUUCAAUUUCUUCCUAAUAAUUUGCUUCAUAGUUCAUAUAUUUUAUUUCCCUCCUUUACGCUUCUCUCUCUUUCUCUCCCACCUUCGUCGAAACUCAAAAUCGCUCACUCUUUGGCCUUAACGUUUGUUGUUGUUUCUUGAAUACGGUUGAUUCUGUUUUCAUAACCAUGCUUCGCUUUCACUGAAGAUAGAACCUUUGUUUUUUUUAACCUUUGGUGGGUUUUCGUAAUUGAAUGCUCCGAUAGUGCCUCUGAAACUGACCACAGCAUUCAUUGCUCUAUCUAUUCUCUUUUUUUCCUUUUCUCCUAUUUGUCAUAAAUCAUCAUCAAUUCUGGCUUAUCCUUUUGCAAAAGUGGGGGGUUUCGAGAUGAUAAUAAUAAUAAAGAUGUAUAAUGAAUUUGGUUACUUGGGCACGUGAUACUUUUUACUUCCAGAAAAUUUUCCUUGGAACCGUUGCGGAUGGUUCAUGAUGGUUUGAAACUCUAAAUUCACCUCACAAAAUCAAGUUAGUGGCGAUUUAACUGUUUUAGUAAGUGCUCAUUUGGCGGCUCUUGGCGUGUAGUGGCCUUCACUUUUUGAAAGAGAUUUUUCUAUUGUGGUGGGUUAGUGGCAUGUUUGGAGUGUGUAAUAAUGAUGGUUUGGAAUUAAUCUCUUUGGAUCUGGUGGAAGGUUUCUUCUUAUCAUCUUCGUUAUUCUAGCUUAGGAUACUCCCCUGAAUGGGAACUGAUUGCUGCGACGUAGUAGAGACAUUACCAAAUCCUCGGUCCUUUAAGGUACAUCAUACAAUGUGCACAGAACUCAGGGAAUUAGUUGAUAGAAUCUUGCGGAUAUUUCCACGCAUAGAGGCAGCACGCCCUCCAUCCUCAUCAGGACAACAGGCUCUAUGUUUGCUAAUCAGUGCAAUUGAUAAAGCCAAACAACUCCUGCUACACUGCUCUGAAUCUAGUAAACUCUACAUGGCAAUAACAGGGGAAUCCAUAGUCUCAAAAUGCCAAAAGGCAAAACAAUUGUUAGAGAUAAGCUUAGUCCAGAUUCAGAAUAUGGUUCCAGUUAUGUUGGCUUCAGAGAUUUCUCGGCUAAUUGAUGAUAUUGAGUGUGUGACAUUUGUCCUGGACUCUGCUGAAGAAGAAGCUGGGAGGGUAGCGAGAGAGUUGCUCCAGCCAGGUCCUUCAACCUCUGAUAAAGAUUCAAUGGACAAUUCUGAAAUUAAAGCUUUUCAGUUCGUAGCUGCAAGACUUGGUAUUACAUCCCCGAAGGCCAUCUUAAUAGAGAAAAGAUCUAUCAGGAAAUUGCUAGAAAAUGUCAAACCAAAUAACCAGACCAAAAAGACUAUCUUGAAUAAUCUUUUGUAUCUUCUGAUAAAGCACAGAAAAUCAAUCAAAGGAGAACAAAUGGAGGUCUAUUCUCAUAGCCAAGGACCAAUUGCAACUAAGAACUCUGGUCAUGAGUCUCAAAGCAUCCUUCAUGUCAAAUCAGACCCAUACUUGAAGCAUGGUCAGUAUAGAACUGAUGCCAGUGAGUUGGGUAGUGUUACACCUCCUAAGGAAUAUACAUGUCCAAUAUCUUUAAGGUUGAUGUAUGACCCUGUUGCAAUUGCUUCAGGAGAAACAUAUGAAAGGAUGUGGAUACAAAAGUGGUUUAAUGAGGGUAAUACUAUAUGCCCAAAAACUAAAAAGAAACUGGAUCAUUUGGCAAUGACUCCAAAUGUUGUCAUUAAGACCUUAAUAUCAAAGUGGUGUGAAAGUAAUGGAGUCUCCAUUCCUGACCCAAUUAGGCAAUCACAUGAUUUGCGUUCAUGGGAAACCUCCUCCACUUCGAUUAGGAGUUUUGGAAGUUCUAUGAAUGAUUUGAACUUGCAAAUGGAUUUUAGUAACGUGUCACUUGGAUCAUUAGAUACCAGUUAUAAUUCAGAUUCCUCACAUGCUAAGGACAAUCAUGGCUUAGAUUUGAUGUUGAACAAGACCAGUGACAAUUCUCACGGGCAUCAAUCUCAAGCACAGAUACAUGACUCGAACUUGACGUGUUUGUCUAAACUCCAUGAACAUCAAUGGGAUUCUCAAUGCCAAAUCAUUGAAGAUAUAAAAAGAGAUUUCAAAUGCAAUUACCAAUCUUUGUCCUCCGUGUCAUCUGAGAAUUUCAUUGAUUCACUCAUGAGAUUUCUGAGCACUGCAUGUGAAAUGCAUGACAUAAAAGCUCUGAGAGCUGGAACUAAGUUGCUGAUGGAAUUUAUGAAGGGCUGCAGAAAUGGUAUGACCAAUUUAAGUGAAGAUACAUGCAGUAUGUUGACAAGUCUUCUUGACACAGAAGUGAUUGGAGAAGCUCUUACCAUAAUGGAAGAACUGUCUGGGAAUUGGUAUGAAAAGGCUAACAUUGCAGCUUCCAGUGUACUCACUUCUGUUUCAAAGAUCCUUGAUUCUGGUAACGUAGAGUUCCAACAAAAAGCUAUUAAAAUAAUGCAUAAUCUUUCAUCCAAUGGUGAAAUUUGUCUCCACAUGGUUUCUCUUGGGUGCAUCCCAAAAUUACUGCCAUUUUUUGAAGACAGGACCCUUUUGAGAGACUGUAUUUAUAUUUUGAAAAACCUUUGUGAUACUGAAGAGGGUAGGGUUGCUGUUGCUGAAACGAAAGGAUGCAUAUCUUCUGUUGUUGAAAUACUUGGGACUGACAAUGAUGAGGAAAAAGAACCUGCACUGGCUGUUCUACUCUCGUUAUGCUCUCAACGCGUGGAAUACUGUGAGUUGGUUAUGUAUGAGGGGAUUAUCCCUUCUCUUGUCAACAUCUCCAAUAAAGGAAGUGAUAUCGCAAAGGCAUAUGCCCUUGAACUGCUCAGACUUUUGAGGGAUUUAAACGACUUUGAGAAUGAAGAUUACUAUGAGCCAAAUCUCAAUGCCUCUCAAGACUCUAACCGUCACUGUCAAAAAAAGAAAUCAUCACUUUUGAAGAUACUAUCACUCUUCUCAAAACCCAGUUCAAUUGCAUCAAAAAACAAGAGAUGAAACUGAAUUCCCGUGCAUUUUGACCCGCUCAUUCUGUAUAUAUCCUCCAGCUCCUUUUUAUGGGGACUACAAAUUAUGUUCUUCAUAAGAGACAUUUUGGAUUGCUGGAUGGCAGGUAGGACUUUUGGAUAGUGUUUUUAUCUUUGUUAGUGGGUAUAGAUUAGGCCUUUCUUGCUCUCGAUACUAAUCUCAUAUUGCAGCGUAUAUUGGCUCCAAGUGUUCAUUACAAUACUUUGCUUCAUAAUUUUGCUCAGUAACUGCAAUUGUGAGAUGUAUAGUUCUGUUUUAUGAUGUAUAGUUAUUUUGACAUGCCAAGUUAGGGAUGGACUAGAAAGUUGAGAAGUUCUCUUCUUUCUCUUUUCCUCACAAGAUGUUAGAUGGAUGUUUGCUUCCUGUGACUUGGUGAUAAUGGAUUCUAGUUAUAGAAACAGCCUUAGUGGGUAAGGCACUGGGCUGCCUUUCUAUUUGUAUUUGCUAAUGUAUAUGUUAAACAAUAUAUUGUGAGCACUGAUUUUAAAAUAGAAUGGUUUUUAUUGUUCACAU